AUGAUUCCUAAGAGAGUUUUAGUUUUGGCCAUCCUAGUUUUCGGUUACGGUAAUGAAGAUGAAGAAGAAGACACCAAUUUGGUCGAUUAUUACGAAAAAUUAAUUAACACUGAAUACCAACAUGCUGAAAAAUAUGAAUUGGAUAAAAACGCUAAACGUUACCAACCAAAAAGUGAAAAGCAAAACACAGAUUUUGGUACAUAUGACUUCAUUAUAGUAGGAUCAGGAUCCACAGGCAGCGUCAUAGCAAACCGUUUGACGGAAAUAAACAACUGGAACGUGUUGUUGAUUGAAGCUGGAGGAUAUGAAAAUAAUUUCACAGAAAUUCCAGCAAUGACCACAAUUUCCCUGUUGUCAGACUAUAACUGGGGAUUCUUGAGCGUCCCGCAAAAAACAAGCUGUUUAGGAAUGAAAAACCAAAGAUGUCCCUUCCCAAGAGGCAGAGCCCUGGGCGGUACAACAGUUGUAAACGGCUUGGCCUACUCCAGAGGAUCGCAGGAAGGUUUCAACCAAUGGGCUAAAAUGGGCUUCUCUGGGUGGUCGUACGAUAAAGUCUUGCCGUAUUUCAAAAAAGCUGAGGAUUACCCAACGGACUGGAAAGAGGGUCAAGAAAUCGCGAUAGAGAGUGAUAUGCACGGUGAGGAUGGACCGUUGCUUGUAGAGUUUUCUGAGCCUGAAAGUGAGGAGUACCCGAAUUAUAUCGGGGGGAACGAGGAUUUGGGUUAUAAGGUUAUAGACGUAAACGCUGGAAUUGGUGAGGGCGUUUCAAAAGCACCUACGAAUACACAGAAUGGUAGAAGAUACAGUGCUUAUAAAGCUUACAUUAAACCUGCUGAAACUAGAGAAAAUUUGAAAAUCAUGUCGCAAAGCUACGUUACUAAGUUGAUAAUAGAAAAUAAUAAAGCUACAGGGGUGAGAUUUGCCCACAAUGGUAAGUAUUUUACUGCUAAAGCUUCAAAAGAAGUUAUAGUCUCAGCAGGUGCUAUAAGUACACCACAAUUACUAAUGCUAUCGGGAAUUGGUCCAAAAAAACAUCUAAAAAGUAAAAAAAUCAAUGUGAUCAAAGAUCUGGAAGUAGGAAGUGCCUUAAGAGAUCAUAUAGGUAUAACCUUGUAUUUUAGCAGUAACUAUACUCUGGAGAACAAGCAACUUCGUGAGUAUGUACAAGAAUUCCUUAAAGGUGUAGGAGGAUUGGCUGCUCCAGGCCCAAAUGAUGCUUUUGGCUUCUACCAAACCCAUAUUGAAACAAUAAAGGAUUACCCCGAUGUAGAAAUCAUUUUGGUGCCAAAUUUCGGCAACGCAACCAAAGACUUUUCGAAGAAAAUCCUCAAUUUGAAAGAUGCAACCUACAAAACCUACACGAAACAAGACCCGAAUAAAAGAAUCUUCAAAAUCGACCUUUUUGGACUUCAUGCUCACUCCACAGGCACUGUUCGCCUAAACUCCAACAGUCCAUUCGACUACCCUUUAAUAGACCCAAAUUUACUGACAGACAAAGACAACAAAGACAUCAACACCCUAUACGAAGCCAUCAACAUGGUGAUGAAGUUAAUACAAACCCCAUCGAUGAAGAAAAUGGACACUCAACUCGUAAUCCCCCAACUACCAGCUUGUAAAUACCUCAAAAAACUAUCGCAAAAAUUCUGGAAGUGCGUCAUCAAACAAGUGGGACACCCCGUUAACCACCCUGUCGGGACCUGCGCAAUGGGACUAGUUGUCGAUGAAAACUUGAAGGUUUAUGGUGUCGACAAGUUAAGAGUGGCAGAUGCUUCGAUAUUCCCACUCACUCUAACCGGCCAUCCUAAUGCUCCUUGUGUUAUGGUGGGUGAAAAGGUCAGCGAUAUCAUCAAGAGCUUUUAUGGCGUUAAUUAA